GCUGAGAGAGGCGGGGAUUGGAAUCGGCUCUUCCCUCUGCACGUUGCCUUGGAUCGAGAGAGGAAGUGCAGCUCCCAACCUCGGUUUACUAUUAUACCAGUUUAAACAAAACCAGGGAGGAGAAAUAGGCAGAGAGUGAAAUUGACAGGGAGAGUGGAACUGACAGUGCAUUAACCCGGGGAUUUACAGCGGAAACAAGCCUAUUGAUUCACUCCUUUUUAAGUACAAGAGAUCAUUUGUUUGAAGCUUGCAACAAGAACAGUUUCAUUCGCUCUGGGAAGCUCCAAUACUCUCUCUCACACACACAGACAUAUCGUAGCCCAGGAGUUACUCUGUAACCUUGCGGAACUCCCGCUGGAAAGGACAUUUGGAUCCGAUCAACCAGGUCUUUUUGCAGGGAUUUGUAAGCGUGUGUAUUAAAUGUGAGACAAAGACUCGCCUCAAGAGCCACUCUGGUAUACAACCCGUUUGUUAAAUUACUCACAAGGGGUCUGUGUACACCUCCCCACCGAAAUUCGUAAAAGGGAUUUGGAUUUGUGGCUGUCAGAGAAACGCAGUCUGUGAAUCAAUCCGAGGAGCCCUGUGACCUGAUGGGUUGCUGAGGUCCCCUCCAGCAACAUUUGAAAGAGCAUGGUCAAACAUCAACCACUUCAGUACUAUGAACCGCAGCUGUGCUUGUCUUGUCUGACCGGAAUCUAUGGGUGCAGAUGGAAGAGGUACCAGAGGUCUCACGAUAGUACGACAAAGUGGGAGCGGUUAUGGUUCCUUAUCCUCUGCACUGGCUUCUUUAUGACUCUGGUUUGGUUCUACUUCUGGUGGGAAGUACACAAUGACUACAAUGAGUUCAACUGGUACAUGUACAAUAAGAAGGGUUACUGGAAUGACUGGUCAGUCCCAGUACUAGUCCUAGCAUCGACCGGAUUCAUAUAUGUCACGUUUUUAUUGAUUUUAGCGUUAUGCCACAUUGCGGUGGGGCAACAGAUGAACUUGCACUGGCUGCACAAGGUUGGGCUAACAGUGGUACUGGUGGCUAUUCUCGUCGCCGUAAUCUCCGUUAAUCAGUUGUGGAAUGAAGAAUGGGAUAUUAUUCUCAUAUCGUUCCAAGCUACGGCACCUUUCCUGCACAUCGGUGCAGUUGCUGCUGCUACGAUAUUGGCCUGGCUCAUUGCUGGGCAGUUUGCUCGAUCAGACAGAGUUGUUUUUCAGACUUUUCUACUCCUCGUAUAUCUUGGAUUGUUAAUAGCACUUUACCUGGUUCCUCUGAUCAUCUACUCUCCCUGUAUCAUGAAGAGGGAGGAUUUGAGCCGGAGGCCAGCCGUCAUUGGAAACCGGGGUGUGCCGAUGCUGGCCCCGGAGAACACCUUGAUGUCGUUCCAGAAAGCUGCGGAGUGGCGCGCUGACGGUUUCAACAUCAAUGUCACCAUCAGCUACGACGGUGUUCCCUUCCUGAUGCACGACACAACGCUGAGGCGGACAACCAAUGUGGAGGAGCUCUACCCCAACAGGGUCUUUGAGAAUGCCGCCAUGUUCAACUGGACCAACCUGCAGAUGCUCAACGCUGGCCUCUGGUUCUUUCAGGAGGAUCCAUUUUGGACAGCACAGGAUCUCUCGCAGAAAGACAACAUGGAGGCUUCGAAUCAGUCGCUGUGUAAACUGGCGGAUGUGCUCACCCUGGCGGUGCACUGGAACAAGAGCGUGAUGGUGAACCUCUGGAGACCACCCCGUGAACAUCCCUUCUACGCUUCCUGGAUCAACAUCACCUUGGAAACCAUCCUGGAGUCUGGAAUUGCCCAGGAGCUGGUGAUCUGGCUACCGGAGGAGGACAGGCAGAUAGUUCGCCAAGUGGCACCAGGCUUCCAGCAGAUGUCCUCCGUGAAAGAAAACGUGACAGUGCUACGCUCGCAAGGCAUCACCGGAUUAAACCUGCGUUACAACAAGAUCGAUGCCAAGGAGCUGCGAUGGCGGCUGGGUAGUAUGAGGACCUAUAACCCGGAACAGAUUAUGCUGAGUGCGGCAGUCCGCAGAUCAAGCAAGGAUGUCAACAUAAUGAAAGAGAAACUCAUCUUUGCAGAGAUCAACAACGGUGUGUCCAACUCCGACAACGACUCGCUGUGCUUCGAAAGCGGGUUUGAGGGCUUUGCAGAUGAUGUCAGCUCCCUGGGCCGGGGCAGGGCCAAGAUGCGGAUCAACUGAGAGGCGUUGUUGGGCCCUGACUCUCACCACCACCCUCCCCUAACUUCCUCACCCCCCAUGACUUUGAGACGUCUGGUUUCGGGAACAGUCCCACUGCUCACCACCACCCCUUCCCCCUGCAUCGCCCCUCCCUACCCGCCACCCAGCGUCCUGUCCCACCCGCCCAACUCUGCCUCCCUCCACUCCCACCUCCCAAUUUCCUCCUUUUGAGACGUGGAAAAUGUGGACUGGGGUUCCACUCUGAACUGAGCCAUCUCUGUGGCAAUACUGAACCAUGUUUGGAGGGUGGGGGAGGGUGGACGCAUGGAAGAGGGGCUGCUUGAGGGGUAAUUGGGAGGGUCCUCAGAUUAGUGCUGUGCAUGUGAAGGAUGAGGGUAAGAAAAUCCCCCCCCUCCCCUCCCUGCCCCUCAAGUAUAUUCUCUGGCAGCUGGCCCCUCUUUGCAACUGUUCUGGAUUGAGUCAAGCACAAAGUAGGGCAGGUCCUUGGAAUGAGGAAUGGA